AUAUUUUUAUACCUUACAUUAUGGUUGUAACCUGAUGAACACACCUUCACCAUGGUUACGGAAGACUGUGGGAUCCAGGAAAAAAAUCAUCACAGCUCUGCAUCGUUCCGUAUAUCAUUCAGUGCUUUAUCUUUGAGAAAAGGGAAUGGAGCCAUUUGUGCAGCGCCAGAACCCGUUGACGUCGCAACCGAUAAUAUUCACGAUGAUGCAUCGUCAAUUGAGAGCACAUGUUUCCCCAAUGCUUCAUUGGUAACCUUCUCAUUAAAGAUUUUGUGCAAGGAUAACAAGAAUCCAGAAGAUUGGCAACUAUGUUGUAAAAGUGAAACGCAGCCUAUUGUGACCCAUUGCAUAGACAAAGGGGGUACUUAUAUAUCGUUUUUGUUAAAUUAUACAGAGAGUUUGCCAUUGUUUUUGAAAAGGCGAGUUUUCUCCAAGGAAAAUGAAACUGUUCAUCGAACAAAUCCCCAAUUAGAUAGUUCUGUUGUUGAAACAACAGCGCAAUGUCAUUCACCAGACAAGCUAUUAGAGUCUCAAAUAUUCAAGAUAUCCAUCGGAGUUGCAAUUGUAAAUUCUGGGAAGGUGGUAUAUGUUGGGCAUGGUAGUAGAAUCCUUCGAUCUAUAGAUCUAUAUGGAAAUCGCAUAAGUUUGCAAUUGUCUGGUGACUUUUGUAACAGGAAUAUCCACUCACGUAAAGAAAUAUCUGACGCCUUCGUAUUUUUCGAUGUAGACGCUCGUAAUGUGAGAUGGAUACCAUCUACUGAGCAUUGUCCAAUGCCCACAAAUCAUAUUUCUGAGAACUCUGCUAGAACGACACAUUUUGAUAUCAUGCCUGCUGUUUCAUUAAAUCGCAGUGUAAAACACGCCAAUGCUUCAAUAAACAGGAAUAUAAAUCAAGAUAAUCUAAGUGGCAUUAACGAUUACGCGGUUGAGAAAACAACAGAAAAACGGAAGCAAUACAUGGGCGACGAUAUACGUGUUAUGCCUCACUCAUUCCCAGUUUCAUUGAAUGGGCUCCCCCAACGUAGGGAACGUGAGGUUUUGCAAAGUACUAUAUAUGUAUCAUCAGAUCCGAAAUAUAAAAUUUCUGUGUUGGACAUAAAUAACCUAUCAGGUGACCCUAAUUGCUGGCAAGCCCCUGAAACGUGGAAAAAACCACCUACUACAGAAUUAUUACAGAAAAAAGAUAACGUAAAGAUUCUAAACCCUCAAUCAUCAAGAGUUUUAACGAAGACCAACGAAGCUGCCGAUAAUGCCCCCGUUGAUGUUGUAAGUCAACAAGAGAGGGUGACGAAAUCAGAUGUGGAGGAAGAGGAGAAUAAACCUGGUUUCCUGGCAGAAAUGUGGCAGAGCAUGUUUGGUGGAAACGAAGAAAAUGCGCCUGAAGUUGUAGGGGAUCCACAAAUAGACAAUGUACAAAGUAUUAUUGAACCGGUGCCAGUGAAAAAAGAGAUAAUUCUGAGGGCAAAGAAAUAUUCUGAUGUUAAUGUGGAUGAUUCGAAACCAACAUUUUGCCGUUUUACGAUUGGCUAUAAAGAUUGUGGUACAAGAGAUGCGGCAUUGUUAGAAUCUGCAUCUCAGCUAUUUGAUUGCACCUUUGCAAAUAUCUCUGAUAUAAUAUCUACACCGGAUUUCCAAAUCAGCAUCGAAAACGUAUGUAUCAAGCCAAAAUGUGAUGAUUCCAUUGCUUUCUCAGUUACAAUCCCAAGUGAAAGAUCUAAUGAUGUAGCUUACAUUAAGAACAUGAUGCUUCCAUUUUCAAAGCUAUCUUUGAAUUCAAUCGAUUCAAUUUCCUUUUUAUUACGUAUUUUACACCCGGUUGACCUCCAUUCACCAAAUGAUAUGAACCUGCCAGAUUUGUUAAAGAGUAUGGAUCUAGGUAGUGUUAUGUCUGUGGUGGAUGUAAGUGUAGGAUCGGACCCGAAUAAACUUUCUAACGACAUCGAGGCUCAUGAAAAAUCGGAAACUCUGCCAUUGCGUAAAUCACAUUCUGAAACUGCGAUCUAUUGCAAUGAUGUACUAUCGAAAGGAACUAACCAGGAAACUAUAGCGGAUCACAUCCCUUGUAUUAGUGCUAGAGAUUCAAUGUCCACUGACACAUGGAUGCAGAUGAUUAACCGUAUAUUGGAUAAUCGCAGUGACGGCAUGAUACAAAUCACAUCGCCACGUUCAUCUUUACCAAUACACCUCGACCAAAAGUGGGUCGUCGUAUUGAAACAACUUCUAAAUACAGUUAAGGAUGGCAACUCUGAGAACCAUUCUACAGAAGAUGUCAAAUUUACGUGGUCAUCUUUAUAGAUUUUACCAAAACUCUGACGUGGGAACUGAUGACAUAAUUGAUGUAUAAUUAUUUACAUAGUGCGUUAUGAGCUGCCCAUGACAUUUCAUUUAACAAUCUUCUUAGGUACGUAC